AUGGUAAAUUUGACGGUUUUCGUGGAUAGAUUUCGAACACAAACAACGGACAUGCAAGCGAAUGAAAUUGCUUCGCGAAACGAGUUCCAAUACGCCAACACGAAUGGCGAAACGAACGUGGAGCCUGUUAUACAAAACGUAUGGAGUCAAAAGCAAAGCGCGGAGAAGACCGAAAGCACAAGAGGCCAUAGCGUGGCGAACGAAGGCGAAUCGCAUUUUACCUUCGCUUACGAACGACCGAGUAUGCUGGCUGUACAACAACUCAACGGCACACGCAUUGCUACUACAGAUGUAAAUAAGAUUUCGUAUGUACACAUUGCUCCAAAAGUCGAGGGCAGAAGGCUUUCUUAUACUGGUUCCUUAUCUGAGAAUGCUAGCAGUUCGCCGUCAAAUUCGCCCGACGGUGCUAUCGUUCCUGCAAGAGAUUUAUAUGGGGAGAAUCAGAUGCCAAUAAAGGUAGGAUUCCAAGCUAUAUAAAUGGUGUUUAUUUACAGGUAUUACUUGAGUGUUGCAUAAAAUUGCAUCUUCGUAUCCUCAACGUGCAUUUUGCUAUUCAUAGCUGCGAGUUUUAAAAGCCCUUCAGAUUCGUAUGCGAAAUGGGGUAAAUAUUUGAUUCGAACACAAUCGAACACCGAAAUAAUUUCUCCAUGAAAUUUGUACCCGUUUCUCUUAAAAAAUGAAUAUUGAAAUACCCGAUAUGCGCCUUUGUUCGCUGCUGUUUACAAAAGGCAACAAAAAAUGUGCAUUUUCAACGCGUACAUGCUGUAAUUGUAAACCGUUUUAGUUUUAAUUUGGUGGGAAAUUUGCCCCGUAACUCGCCGUGUUUGGGGGUCUCGUGCAGAUCUCUUAUGUGUAAAAUGUAUAGAAGUAAUAUUAAAAUGGCGGCACAUCAGCAAAGCAUUCUUUAAACGGACGAAUGAUUGUGCCACUUAACAAACAGCUAAGCUUCUGUGGGUUGUAUUAAAUCAGCUUGUAUUCUGUAAAAUACAGUUUUCUGUUUAAAUUGCGAGAGCGUUUAUAAAUAUACACGUUGGACAGGCCAGCUGUUUAUAUCACUUUAUUUUAAAAUGGUACUUUAAAUUUUUCCAUUGAAGGCAAAAAUAUGUGAAACAUAUAAAGGCAGGAAAAAGCACUAUAGGAUAGCUCUUUUGUGUUUCGUAAUUAAAACAGUUCGAUUGUAUCUAUAACUUUUAGCAUGCAAACCGCAAAAGCAGUUUUUACAACGCUUUUUGUGUGAUAAUUAACUACAAUUUUUGUCUGAGAUACCUGUGUAAAUGGCUAUAGCUUUUACAGGUGGUUUAUUAUAAGCCAUUGAAGCAUAAAUUUGCCCUAGACCUUCGCUAUCUUCGCAUAAACAACUUUUUUCAAAUUAUAGGUCGCGCAAACAUAAAACCAUGAUAUCAUUUCAUUAUGAAUCUCAUAGUUGAGAGAUAUUACUGAAUUCUUUGAGGCAAUUUUGGCAUUGUAAUUUUUUCCCUUUCUUCAAGAAGAAACUGCUUAAAUAUUGAUCACCUUUCCUUGUUGCUAAAAACAGGUAGCUCAGUUUUAUCAAAAAUUUGCCUUUGGGCAAUCGAUAUCUCUAUAUUGAGUUAUCAGCUGUUAAUUCUUGGAUUCAUUCAACAGGGUUUCUACGAAUGCCCGAUAAUCAUUCCGCAGCAUUCCCUACUUCCGGCUUGAUAGCUUGUCAUCGAGUUGCGAUGUUGUGGUUAGAUAUUAAGAAUAUUAAAGGUCAGAUAGAAGGAAUAUCUUAGAAUUUGAAAGUUCCUGUUACAGCAAGUUUCUGCGAAUACGAUCAAGCAGCUGUAUUCGUCCCGGUAUUUCGGUUAUGCAAUGUUUAUCUGAAGCUUUUGUUCUGGUUUAUUGGAAAUACGAGUGGCGGAUAUGACCGUGCCGUGAUUUAAGAUUAAUCCCAUUCUUACGGUGCUAUUUGUUCCUGACUUUGUCAUUCAGUGAAACUUACGCGAAAGAACAGAUCCUUUAUUAUAUUAAGCAUUCCUUGCAUUCCGUUGGCAACCCGGCUGAGAUAUUAUAUUGAUUCACCUGUCAAAAGGAUUAAUUAUUUUCCUUUCUCGAGUUUCUAAGAUACUCUAUUUAAAGUUACCUUUACAGGAGAUUCUCGAGUGUUGUGUCGUCCGUUUGUUCGUUCGCAUUUUGCUUAAGAAUAAGCGUGUAUCUAUAAUCCAUGCUUCUGAAAUGGCUUGCUUUUCUAUGCUGUGUAUUUCUUGAUUUAGGGGCCUUAUUUAUCAAAAUACAUGUUGUAUAAGGUUUCAUGUUUUGACUGACACAAACUACUUCUGUUCCUAAUUAAUCGACCUGCUACUCUUAAGGAAGCUAAUCAUGUUUUGGAAUUCAACCUAACCAUCCGAGAAUUUUGUAAUAAGAUAUUGGAUUGUGUGCGCAGAUCAGGUGAUGGAAAGUUCAGAUUUCAUAAUUGUUUUACGAAAUCAAGUUGCUUUCCCUUAUAUGGUCGCCUCCUUGAUAAGGCUUUGAAAGAAAUGUUUUUGCCCUUGAAACAGGUUAUAACGACAUUCAUAUGGACUCUUGCUGGGCUUUUCUGUUGGCAUAUGAGUAUGAGCACCUGCGAGUCUGAGCUCUUUUUUGUUACAUUGUUCUGUGGACUGUGAAAUUAUUUGUAUGUAAAUGCUUUACUAGUAGCAUUUUACUGUAAUUUUCCUCUCAAGUUAGUAACAUACAAGCCACUACAUUUUUAUUUUGUAAGAAAAAACUUUGGACUUUGGUAUCAAAAAUUAUUUAAACAGAUAUAUUUAUAUAUGAAACAUGGUUAGGAAAACAGUAUGAAAGCAGGUCUUGACAGAUGUUGUUUGAUAUAAGAAAAUAUUAGCUUUGUAAAAAUAUUUCCAUUUUUGGGUAAAAUCAAAAAAGAAAAUGAUAAACUUAUGACAAAGAUAAUAUUGCAAUCUCUUGUGUUCUGUCAAACUUGUACCGGUAUCAGUACAUACAAUAUAUAUGAGACUCAUUGAUUGAAAUCAUUUUACGAAAAACAAAGCGAUAGUCGAGCAGCUUUUUUGAAGCUUUUUGCAUUAGCGUUUAGAUUCCUACAUGUGACGUUUGACGUCUGAAGAUGUAUUCUAAUUAAUUCAUGUCUGCUGGACGCAUAUCCGGGUUGCGUAUCAUUGACCUGUUUCUUAAUUGUAAUGGCUCACAAAUGCACUUAUAAUUGCACAGAAUUCUGUUUCCGCAAACACUUAACCGAUAGCUUUGUGAAUGCAUCGUCUCGUAUGGUUUCAUAAUCCAUGUCAAAUCUUAUCAGUUUUGGAUUGCAUCCAAAAUACGCAACAAGGAGAAUUUCUCAUAAUCGGCCGCAAGCCGGCAUUGGCGAUAAAUCCUAAUUGUCUCCCUUUCAACACCUUUUAAUAUUUCCUAAAAAUGCCGCAAUCAAGAAGUUUUGUCGGAAAGCCAUGGGCGUGUUCUUUGGAUGCUUUAUCCACCUGUCUUAAUUAAAAUCUUUGUCUUUCUUUGAAAAAUGAUAUUGUACCUGUGUACAAAUACUGUAUAGUAUACUUUCAUGAAAUUUAAUUCUAAGUCAAAGUGAUAAAAUAUGUUAUCAUCCAUCUCAUCCUGCUUAGUCUAACCACAGCUGUUGUGGGUUUCCGUGGGGACGUCCUCUAUCUGAUACUUGGAUCUUAUCAAGAAUUCAAUCAUUCCUGACUUUCAUGAAAUAUUACAAAAUUUUAAAAGGAGACUCCAUAUCAAUAUAAGAGUUUUCAUGCGGUUUUGUCAUUGAAGGGUUUUUGAACAUUAAGGUGCGGUUAGCCAAAUUUAAUUUUCUGUAGCUAAUAAAAAACAUGUGUUUUAAAACCUUUCCGAAUAUUUGCUGGAAUGCUUGGAAAGUCCGUGAAUUUGGCGCAAUGAUAAUGAAAAGGUUUCGCCAAACGUAAUUUUGCAUUUGUUGAACCAUGUAUUCAUACUUUAGUUACUGCAGCUGUGUAUUUUAAAAUGCUAGAUAAUUUUAAGACAUAGUAGACGAGUUUAUUACUGUCAUUAAUUAUGUAUGCCAUAACAGUUCCCCCAUAAAUUGCUUAAAACUUUAUUGCCGUAAUGAUUGAUAAAUGAAUUGUUGAAUGAAUAUUCUACUUGGCAGUAAUGUUUUCGGAAUGUUUUAUAUUUUCAUAUUGCCUUACGUCAACACAGGCUGUGUUCGUAGAAUGAACAUUAUGCAUGCGUAAAUACAUGUUUGGCAAACUACUUAGCACUGAAUAUUUGUGCAAUGAGCAUGAAUUAACAUAUUCCUUGUUUUCGCCAUCGCUCCCGAAACUUAUUAAUGCACCAACAAGCAUAAUCUAAGAAUACUUGCAUAAGCCAUAACAGUUGGUCGGAAUUUUAAUGGUCAGAGUUCUUUAUUGUGUAAUAUAAUCGGCCUGUAUGAUAGGUAUUUCCAAUAUUUGCUAUGAUAUCAGACAUCCUUGCUAGACAAGACAUUUCCGUAACUAAUGACAGUUUGUUCUGGUCUUAAUUAUUUGACCUUUUGCUCUUGGGAGCCCCCACUUGGUUUUUUAUUUUUAAGCAUUCCAAGAAACUGUCGUGUUCCGCAAUUCACGAGACUUAUUAAACAUCCGCAGUGCUCACAAGACUCGGAUGGCAGCCCGCAAUGCUCGCGAGACUCGGGUAGCAGCCCGCAAUGCUCACAAGACUUGGAUAGCGGCCCGCAAGACUCGGGAGCAGCUGUAGUGAACAAAGUCACGAGACACAGAUAG